UGAACUUCACAAAGAGUCAUUGCAGGUCCUCUCUUCAACCUAUCUUGUUCUUGGUCAAUUUGAGGAAUGCAUAACCAGUGAUCUUCUCACCAUAAAGGAUUUUAAGAUUGUCUUUGUUGAGUUGUGGGAGUAA